CAUAACCUCUUUCCUCUUUCGAUGGAUACUGGAUAGUAAAAUUCAAACAUAAUUAUUUUCAACGUUUAUUAAAAAUUCUAUCUUAAUCCUUACCAAAAUGUGCAGUGUCAAUGACGCUGGUGAUAUAGAAGAUUUGAGCAAUUCAGUGCCUAUAUCAAAAAUAAAAACAAAAAUAGUACCUAAUAAAUGUAAUAAGUGCAAAGAAAACCAACCGCACAUAUUACUCAGAAAUAAAGAUGCAUAUUGCAGAGAUUGUUUCAUGGCUAGUACGGAUCAUAAAUUUAGAGCACUGCUGGGAAAACAUAGAUUGAUUAAUGAUAAAGAUAGAAUAUUGAUAGAUUAUAAAGGAGGUCAUCCUACUACAUCUCUACUGAAUUUCAUAAAAACCGGAUUAGAAGUGGAUACACCUAAAAAAAUUAAAUUUGUUCCUAUUUGUCUGUUCAUAGAAGAUCAAUUCAACAUACCAGAGGGUAAUAAUCGAUCCCUAAUAUUGAAUAAUAUUAACGAUGAAGUAAAGAGGUUCCAAAUUCCAAUUUUUUUCUCCUCCCUGGUCGAUUACUAUAAAGUUGACGAUGUUUGCAUAACUGACAAAAUUGAAGAUGUGUUGUCCAAUACUCAAGACAAUAAUGUUGUAGAUAAGGUCUUUAAAACAUCAGAGACGUUAGUUAAUGAUUUGGAAAAUAUAUAUAGGAGACGAUUAUUGAUAUCAGCCGCUAAAAAACUAAACUGCAAAUACAUUUUUUCACCAGAAAUAUCAACAGAUAUUGCUUCUCAAAUUUUAUCAGAUGUUGCUCUGGGAAGAGGUUCCCAAAUUCCUUCUAAUACAGGUUUUUGUGAUGAUAGAGAUGGAGAUGUGAAAAUUUUGAGGCCACUGAAGGUGUUUGAUAUAAAAGAGUUGGCCUUAUACAAUUAUUUUCACAAUUUGGAUCCUGUUAUUCUUUCUGUAAAACCUCCGACUACAUCAAUUCAGAAUUUUAUUGAGGAUUUUGUUGACAAACUCCAGUCUAGUUAUCCAGCUACAGUUACAACAAUCUUAAAAACUGGAGAUAAACUUAGCAUGGUAAAUUCCAAGAAGAAAGGUGCGGAAACAUGUUAUAUAUGCCAGAGUCCCAAUGAAGUUCCGCUGCAAACAUUAACAUCGAGUAGAGCGGUCGACUUUUCAUUCAUGAUUUCAGAUUCAAAAGAACUAGUUAGUAUGGAAAGUACUAAUGUAGAUAGAAGAAUCUGCUUUUCCUGUUCUAAAAUUGAAAACUUCUUGCUGUAAUUAAUUGAAAACAGGACUGUCAUUAGAAUAAACUCCCGCCCUAGGCUGAGACACAAUUUGGCGUCCUCUCAGAAGUUGACUUUGCAGAUUGCAACAAAUUUAAAUUGUAUAAUCGGAAAUAUGGAAAAAUGGAAAGCACCUUUUUGAAAAAUUUUGAUAAAUUUUAUCUAUCUAGUUGAUUUGUAUAAAUCUUUAUUCAAUAGAAGAUGAUACACACUGAUGAUUUACAUACUGUACAUGUAUAAAUAAAUUAAAUAAAAAAAAGAUACCCAUA